CAGCGCCCAAGGUGUUUCACUUGAUAGAGCUUUCUCGAGGGCGUACGAGCGUCUGCCUCACGCCCACAGCCCCGCCCAAGGUCAGCCGAGUGCCUUGGCGGGUGAGGGAGGACAUGGCCCGCGAAGGCGCGCCAGUCGCCGCUGGGCUGCAGCAGGGAGAGCAGGCCCAACCGCAGUGCGAGACCGAAGCGCAGCGGCGCCCGAGGGACCAAACAUGCUGACCGUCUUUCUCGUGACGGUGCUGGUGAUCCUGGCCUACUGGAGCACGAGGAAGCCGAAGGAGCUGCCUCCAGGUCGAUGGGGUCUGCCGCUGGUGGGCUACCUGCCCUCCAACAUCUCCGUCUUCAAGGAAGUCAUGGAGGACUUCAAGAAGGACUAUGGAAGCAUCUUCACCUGGCGCGUGGGCAGCCACGUGGUGGUUGGCCUCAACGACUACCCGCUGAUCAAGAGCGUGUUCUCGAUGCCCCAGUGCCAGGGCCGCCCCGACCUCUUCACCUUCAACAUCUUCAAGUUGAACACCAAUUCGGGCCUGGUGUUCUCGGAGGGGCGCGUGUGGCACGAGGGCCGCCGCUUCGCCCUGCGCCACCUGCGGGACUUCGGCCUCGGCAAGACGUCCAUGGAGGACAUCAUCGAGCGGGAGGCGCAGGAGCUGGUGGCCGAAUUCGGCAAGUCGGGGGAACAGCCCAUCGAGGUCUCGUGGUCGCUCAACGUGGCCGUCCUCAAUGUCAUCUGGAGGAUCGUCGCCAACCGGCGCUACAGCAUCCACGACCCUGAGAUCCUGCGCUUCAGCCGCAUGGUGGCCACCAACCUGGAGAUCAUCCAGGGCCCGGCGUCGCUGCUCGACAUGUUCCCGUGGCUGGCGCGCGUGGCGCCGUCGCUGCUCCUCGACCGCUGGAUGCGCAUCGACGUCCUCCACAAGAACCUCGCCGACUUCCACAAAUUCGUCAUGGACAUCAUCGAGGAGCACAAGGACACGAUGGACGUGAACUCCCCGCGGGACCUGAUCGACACCUACCUGGCCGCGCGGGGGGACGAGCCCGCCUUUGGGGCCGCCGACGAUGAUAUCAACCUGUUCGCCACCAUCAGCGACCUCUUCGGCGCCGGCAGCGAGACCACGUCCUCGACGACGCGCUGGGUCCUGCUGCUCAUGGCGCUCCACCCGGAGGUGCAGGCGAGGGUGCAGAGGGAGAUCGACGAGGCGGUGGCCAGGAACAGCCUGCCCUCGCUCAAGGACAGGGACAAGAUGCCCUACACGGACGCCAUGCUGCUCGAGACGUUGCGAUACUCUUCGCUGCUUCCUCUCAGCUUGUUCCACGCGACCACGGAGGAAGUCAAGAUUUCUGGAUACACCGUUCCGAAGGGAACUCUCCUGAUGGCCAACGUCGAGGGCUGCCACCGCGACCCCGCCUACUGGGAGAAACCCGACGAGUUUUACCCCGAGCAUUUCCUGGACAAAGAAGGGGCGGCUCCUGACGAAGAAGGAGGGCUUCCUGCCCUUCUCUACCGGGCGACGCCAGUGCCUGGGUGAGUCCCUCGCCAGAAUGGAGCUGUUCCUGUUCGUGUCCGCAAUACUGCAGAACUUCACCAUCAAGGCCCCGAGGGCGUCACCCUCCACCGCCGAGAAAGGACAAGGGCAACAGGCUGUUCAACAUGGCCAGGCCUUACAAGAU